AUGCUGAAAUAUUGUAUUUUUAUAUUGUUCAUCACAUUUCACAUAUGCCAAUCGAUAUCCUGCACAUCAAAUGAAUACUGCCCAAAUGGAUGGAGCAUUCUACGUAGAGAUGAUCAAUCCGCUCAUACAUGUGAUCCUCUGAAUGGUAAUACAAAAUGUCCAAAGCCAUAUCGAUGUGUUCAUUCCAAGUGCGGAUUAAGCUUUUGCUGUGCCGACGCAGAAUCCUUACGACGAUGGAAAAGAGCAAAAGAAAUAGAAGACGAAAUGCUCGAGAAUGCUGAUGACGAACUUUGA